AUGGACAAACCCCAGCCACAAGAUACUCAGGAGCCAACCCCGAAUGCCACUACUGUCGCACCGGUGGAGAGUAUCGCACAGCUUUUGAAAGCAAAGGAUGACACUUCUCGCUUCGUUGGCUUAGCUCUGCUAAAGUCAACCUUGGAUACUGAUGAUGGCUUGAGGAACGACCAGGCUGUGAUAUCCAGGCUGUGGAGCUCCGUAUCAUCCAAGUUCCUGGAUCGUCUGUUACGGACGGGGUCAAAGUCUGGUGCGAAGCAGGCAGAUGCAAGGGAAAUGCUCGACCUUGCGGCCCACGUUAUCUACACAUUCGCGGUUCUGCUUCCAGAUGACGAAAAGUCCGACGGGAAGCUUCUUGCUCGAGUACCUCUCUUGGUUGAUGGUCUAUUGCAGAGCUCGGAAGAGACGACAGAUGUCAUUCUCAGGGCACUCCUUACAAUUGCCAGCUCCUCUCACGAUGGGAGCACUGCUUUCUUGGAAAUUCUGGAUUGGUCGUCGCUCACUGAGAUAUCACCGAAGCAGCCUAUGGCCUUGACUGUUCUGGCGUGGGCAUGGACUAAUGGCAGUGCUCCUGGAGAUGCAAGUGCGCUCGCAACCCGCAUCGACCAGGCCAUCGCUGCUCUAUGCGCAUCAUACAAAGGCACGGAUGCUGUAACACUACUGGAUUUCCUAGGCAAGCUCCUCAGUCGUAUUGAUCCCAACUUUUUAUUAAAGCAACCUACGUGGCUAGAACCGAUCGUUACAUUCAUACAUAGCCUUGUGUUAUCCAAGCCUACAGCUGCUAGCCGCGAAGCGUAUACAAACUGUGCUGCCAACCUUCUCGUGGCAUACGGCGAUACUGCGAGCGACAUGCUGUUCAAGGGCGUUUUCAACACAUCAAAGGCAGUUCCUCAUCUUUUCAUGAACCUCAUUCUGAUUGACAUCCGCGCAUGCCUGCCAACAUUGCUCGAGAAGCUCAACACUUCGGAUUAUCCGGCCACUUCCGAGAGGCUCACCUCUGGCCUCGUCGUCAUCUCUUUCUUCAUCAACCAUCUGCUCCACAUGAUGGAGCGAGCAGACUCGGAAGACAUAUUUAGUGAAGUACAGCCCGACCUAUUGCUAAAGCUCAGAGAUUCAGUCGUGGAAACGCUGUCUCUCGUAAUGGAAUAUCUCAGAGACCGUUGGGAUGCUGCAGUUUCUGGGGCUCAAGGUCUGCAUCCGGAAGCUCGCGCCGGUGUGGCACAUACUGCUUCAGGAUCCCUCAAGACAUUGGCUUGGGAUUCUCAACACGAAACCGCAUCUGAAGACCGGCUUCUGCUGGCGGCUCUCAAAUGCCUAGGUGAUUGGUUGAGAGAAGACGAUGGCCCCACUCUGAGAGGAGAGGCUACGGGUCUCAUGGAUCUACUCGUGGAUCUUUACCAACCAAGUUCUGCAGCGCGGGUUGGAGUCGCAACGCGCCCACUAGUGCUAGGCGUGCUUGACGGCAUUCUCAAAGAAGAGGAUGGGGUCCAGGCUCUUCUAGAGCAUGAUGGUUGGUCGAUCUUGAGCAAAGACCUGCUUAAUAUCUUAACAACGUCGGAAGAAAGCGACCAACUUGGUCACGAGCUUGGCCAGCACAUAUCCGCAAUUCUGGUCAUCAUUGUCGAAAGCAGAACAGCCACACCCGAAGACUGGCUAGACGUCGUUACGGCGACAGCCGCCUAUAAUGUUCCACCUAGUGUCCAGCCUCGGUUGUCCCUACAGCAAUUAUGGGCUGACGUACUAGAAGUAUGCACCGCACUCUUCACAAGGGCGCCACCGGGCAUCAAAAGGCGAUACGUGCAUUCGGCCAGCGCGUUGAGUGGCAUCGCAAGAAGCAUCAGCGAAAAGGAUUUAGAUCAAUCUGUCAGCAGUCAGAUCUCUGAGUUCUUGCAGCUCCUUCAGCGAGAUCCUGUGCUAAAUGGUCUGCAAUAA